GGAAGGUGGCGGUUCCCCCUGAGGAGGGUGUUUGUCUUUAAAGCUGACGCUCCCCGUCCCCCUCCCCGCAGGGAAGGCUGAGGGCGCUGCCGGCGCUGAAGUCCUUGUUGGGGUCCCCGCCCCGGAGCCUCUCUCAGCGGACAGGAGGGGGUGGCCUUUUCUGCAUUUCCGGGUCCUUCUGACUGUGAGUGUCCUGUGAGCUGAUUGACACGCUGAGCUGUCGUCUUUGAAGGCACAGCCUGUGACUCCUCAACAUAUCCUCGCCUGAGACAACAACCCAGACCUUGAUCAGGACCAGGACCAGGACCAAAUGGCUGCUUCUCAGGGACCAUUGACCUUCAGGGAUGUGGCCAUAGAUUUCUCUCUGGAGGAGUGGGAAUGCCUGGACCCAGCUCAGCGGAUAUUGUACCUGGAUGUGAUGUUGGAGAACUACAGCAACCUGGUCUCCCUGGCUAUCUUAUCCGAAGACAACCAGGCCUUUUUGCAAAAGCCAAAAAUAGGAGAUUUAUUCCCUAAAAUAAUACUGAAUAUAUGCAAUGAAGUCAGAAGUUAUCAAUGCAAGGAACAUUGGAAAAAUUUUAAACAAGGGUCAAAUUCUAAUAUAAACCAGAAAAUUCAGCUUCCAGAGAACCAUUAUAAUGGUGGAAAAGUCUUUGAACAAAUGUCAAAUCAAAGUAUGCUUCAGUUUAUUCAUACUGUGGCAAAAACAAACAAAGGAAUAAAAUGUGAGAAACCUUGGAAACAAUCUUCAAAUCAUACUGAACGAGAUAAUAUUCAUACCAGAGAGAAAGCUUACAAAUUUAAUCCAUGUACGAGACUCUUCAGUCAAAUACUCAAUCUAAAUAAACUUAAGAAAAUCCGUUCUGGAGAAAAACAUUAUAAAUGUAAAGAAUGUGGCAAAACAUUUAAUUUCCUUUCAAAUAUUCGUGAACAUGAGAGAAUUCAUACUGGAGAGAAGCCUUAUAAAUGUAGAGAAUGUGGCAAAGCCUUCAGCCGGUCCUCAGCCUUUAUUUAUCAUAAGAGAAUUCAUACCGGAGAGAAGCCUUAUAAAUGUAGAGAAUGUGGCAAAGCCUUCAGGAGCUCCACAACCCUUUCUGGCCAUCAGAUAACUCAUACUGCAGAGAAACCAUAUAAAUGUGGAGAGUGUGGCAAAGCCUUCAAGAGGUCCUCUAAGUGUCGUCGUCAUCAGAGUGUUCAUACCAGAGAGAAGCCUUAUAAAUGUCGAGAAUGUGGCAAAGCCUUCACUGAAUCCUCAAUCCUCAUUCAACAUCAGAGAGUUCAUACUGGAGAGAGGCCUUAUAAAUGUAAAGAAUGUGGCAAAUCCUUCAGUGCGGCAUCAAGCUUUGCUUAUCAUCAGAGAGUGCACACUGGAGAGAAGCCCUAUCAAUGUGGAGAAUGUGGCAAAGCCUUCAGUGCAACAUCAAGCUUUGCUUAUCAUCAGAGAGUUCAUACUGGAGAGAAGCCCUAUAAAUGUGGAGAAUGUGGCAAAGCCUUCAGUGCGGCAUCAACACUUACUUUUCAUCAGAGAGUUCAUACUGGAGAGAAGCCUUAUAAAUGUAGAGAGUGUGGCAAAGCCUUUACCAGCUCCUCAUCUCUUACUUAUCAUCAGAGAGUUCAUACUGGAGAGAAGCCUUAUAAAUGUAGAGAAUGUGGCAAAGCCUUCAGGAGGCCCUCAAGGUGUAGUCUUCAUCAGAGUAGUCACACUGGAGAGAACCCUUAUCAAUGUAGUGAAUGUGGCAAAUCUUUCAGUACCUCCUCAAACCUUAAUCGACAUCAGAAACUUCAUACUGGAGAGAAGCCUUAUAAAUGUAGAGAAUGUGGCAAAGCCUUCAUUGUGGCAACAGACCUUACUUAUCAUCAGAGAGUUCAUACUGGAGAGAUGCCCUAUAGAUGUAGAGAAUGUGGCAAAGCCUUCAACAGGUCCUCAACCCUUACUGAACAUCAGAGAGUUCAUACUGGAGAGAAGCCUUAUGAAUGUAGACAGUGUGGCAAAGCCUUUAGUAAGUUCUCAAAUCUUAGUAAGCAUCAGAGAGUUCACACUGGAGAGAAGCCUUAUAAAUGUAGAGAAUGUGGCAAAGCCUUCAGUGGGGCAACAAAUCUUACUUAUCACCAGAGAGUUCAUACUGGAGAGAAACCCUAUAAAUGUAGAGAAUGUGGCAAAGCUUAUAGUAGGUCCUCAGCUCUUACUUAUCAUCAGAGAGUUCAUAAUAUAGAGAAGCCUUUUGAAAUGUAGAGAAUGUGGCAAAGCCUUUAACCAGUGUUCUUGCCCUAUUGUACAGCAAAGUGUAUAUACUUGAGACAAGCCUUACAGUUACAAGGAUUGCCAUUAGUACUUUACCAGCAAUGAGAACUUAGCGCCAUAUAAGUCAUACUGGGAUGAAGCCUUAUGAAUUUGAAAAAUGUGGACAAGCCUUUAAAGAUAUUCGUGAUUUACUGUACAUGAGAGACUUUAUAGUGGAGAGAAACCUUACAGAUGUAAGGAGUGUGACAAAUCCUUUCCUUGUCAGUGUGAUCUUGUUGAACAUCAGAUAAUUCAUUGUGAAGAGAAGCCUUACAAAUGUGAAGAAUUAGGCACAUUUUUAAAUGACCAUUGGUGUCUUUCUCAACACGAUACAAUUCGUAAGGAGAGAAGACCUAUAAGUAUAAUGAGUUUGCAAGCCUUUAAUCAGGACUGGUGUCUCACUCAACAAAAAGUAAUGGAGUGAAACGUUACCAAAACAGAAUGUGGCAAAGCUUUUAACCUGUACUCAAACUUACUAGUAAUUGGGAGGAAUCAUUCUAAAUAGAAACAGUAAAAAUAUAAAGAAUUUGCCCAAAGACUGAACCAAUGUUCCAAUUUCAUUGAGCAUGACCAAAUUAUGUUUUAUAAAUUGUAACAAAGGUACCAAAGUAUAUAUUCUCAUUUAUAUGUUAUUCAACAUCUGAUAAUUAUUGCUGGUGUGAAGCCCAGCAAAUAUAAAGAAUGUGGCGCUUUAAGGGGUUUGGCUCAGUGGAUACAGUGUUGCCCUACAGACUGAAGGGUCUUGGGUUCGGUUCUGGUCAAGGGUAUGUACCCUGCUUGUGGGACAUCCCCAGUGGGGAAUGUGCAGGAGGCAGCUCAUCGAUGUUUCUU